AUGGUUGUAGGAGUCGGAGGGGACAACAACGGAGGCGGGGGAAGAUGGCUAGAGAAGCUUGGAAAACCGGAGACUUUUGCGCUUAUGGCGGGAAGCGAAGUCGACAAAGAAGUUGCAGCGACCGAGGGAAUGUCGGGAAGGGAGAGUGACGCAUGUAGAGAGUCUAGGUCUGGGAGGUCGGGCGAGGGAACAGAUGCUCCACUGUCGGCCAUUCUCACAUCGAAGCUUGGAAGGAGACCACGCUAA